GUUACUGAGGUAGCCAUUCCCAUUCCACCUCAGCACUGCUCUCGGGCUCUCCUCACCUUGCCUUGCCCUUACCUCACCACCUCACCUCAUACCUUUCCUUCCAUUCCCUGGACCUUACGACGACCCUACCGCACUACUACUCUAAACCGCCUGCCCAGCGCCAGUGUGCCCAGUGCCCACCCCGACCCCCUCCACUUCCCUUCCCUCAGGUUUCCCAAUUGCCCCCAUCCCCACUUUCUUUGCCUGAGAAGAAGGUUAGAUAUACAGGCCAUCGGAACCCACCAGAGCUCAGACUCCCCAUCUCCAGUCGUCUUUUGCUGCUGCCGCGCAGUGUGCCUGCUUCGUUUUCUUCUGCCACCUUACGCCAACUCUGCUCACUUCCAUCUGUACGGAUACCCAAGUCCCAAACUCUCACCUCACACUCUCAUACCCUUUGACUCUUUCUCUCGCCUACCUUACCUCGCUCUGUAUCCGACCCUAACCUUGCCGUCAAACAGAGACUCGUCGUCUAGACCCUCCUGCUCUCGCCUCGUUCCUUCCGCUCCUGCUACCUGGAACCUGAAUCUCUUUUGCCGCUUUGUCUGUUCGACACGACGCGACACGACACGACGCUUGUCGCCAGCCCAGGCCGCCCACAUCGUACCAUACUAUACCAAAGCUCUCUAUACCACACCCAUAAUUGCGAUUCCUCAGGACCAAACACACAUCUGA